UCCGAAAUAUCGCUGUUUGAGACGAAUAUUCGUUUCAUGGGAAGCCUGCUUGCCUGUUAUGCUCUCACGGGAGAUGUGAUGUUCCGGGAUAAGGCGGCGCAGCUUGGUGAACGGAUGCUGCCUGCCUUCCAGACGGAAACCGGAAUUCCUCAUUCCCUCAUCAACCUUCAUACCGGGGUUAGCAAGAAUUACGGUUGGGCGAGCAGCGGUUGCAGUAUUUUAUCCGAAAUCGGGACAAUGCAUCUUGAGUUUACCUACUUGAGCGAUAUAACGAAUAAUCCAGUGUUCAAGAGUAAAGUUGAAAAUGUAAGGAAGGUCUUGAAGAGUCUGGACAAACCAAAGGGUCUAUAUCCGAAUUAUAUCCAUCCAAGAACAGGAAAAUGGGGUCAACAUCAUAUGUCGCUCGGUGGGCUCGGCGACAGUUUCUAUGAGUAUCUAUUGAAAGCUUGGAUCCAGUCAGGCAAGGAAGACGUCGAGGCACGUGAAAUGUACGACGACGCUAUAUCCGCUAUAACCCAGCAUAUGAUCAAAACAUCCCCUGGCAAACUUGUCUAUGUGUCGGAUUUAAAAUACGACAGACUUGAGCAUAAAAUGGGUCACUUAGCUUGCUUCGCCGGCGGUAUGUUUGCUCUGGGUGCUAAAACUCUAGAAAAUGAGAUGUCUGAAAAAUACAUGAACAUCGCCGCUGGUUUGACCAACACGUGUCAUGAAUCAUAUGACAGAAGCGCUACGAAACUCGGCCCUGAAGCUUUCCACUUUAUCGAAGGCAACGAGGCCAGAAGCUUAAAGAAUGGCGAAAAAUAUUACAUUCUACGACCUGAGACCUUCGAAUCCUACUUCGUAAUGUGGCGGUUAACAAAGGAUCCAAAAUAUCGCGAAUGGGGUUGGGAGGCGGUUCAAGCAUUGGAAAAACAUUGUCGGGUUCCCGGAGGAUUCACGGGGCUUAACAAUGUUUACCUAGUCGACUCGGCGAAAGACGACGUCCAACAAAGUUACUUCUUUGCUGAGACAUUGAAGUAUCUUUAUUUGCUCUUCAGCGACGACGAUCUCAUAAGUCUGGACGACUGGGUAUUCAACUCCGAGGCUCAUGUGCUUCCUAUCAAGGGCAAUCCUCUGUACCGCCCAGCUCCCUCUUUAUAAGCCAGACAAGUUCACGACAUAUUGAACGAUACUGACAAUUCUCGUUUGGCGGUGAUGGAACUGACAGAUAUAUAUACAUAUGUGUAUAUAUAAUAUAUAAUAAUACGACGAUACACAGUGGAUCAAAAUUAUACAGCGACACACAGAAAACUGAAGAAAUUUACUUUGAAUUGACAAAGCGCUUUUUUAGUUACUUCUUUCUAUAUAAUAUUAUAUUGAUUAUAAAAAAAUUUCUAUUGCGACAAAACUAAAUACGAUUGCAUGUUGUUCUUCUAUUUUCUUUCAUUCAUUACCAUAAAAAUUUUCACUUUACGAUAUAAAAGAUGUUUAUUUGUAAACGUUAUUACGCGAUUUAUUUCAAUUUUGAUCCAUUGUGUACAUAAUAAAAUCGCAAAUUAAUGAAGAGGAUAAAGAAGAAUUAGUCUGCCCUUCAUGCUUAGAGCGAAUCGAUACAUUUUAAAUUAAAAUAAUUAUUUUAAGUAAACAAAAGAGAGAGAAAGUGAGAGAGUAAGAGAGAGAGAGAGAGAGAGAAUUGAGAGUGAGAAAAAACAGAAUGAAAAUAUUAACGAACGUUAUUUAAGCCACACGUUUGUAAAUAGCAAAAAUAAAGAAAGUGAGAAUGUGAGAGAAUGAGCGAGAGAG